UUCGCUAGCGUACGUCUCGCAUUCUGUCGCCGUACGCACGACGGGGAGAUAAAGCGAAACAGAAUUUCGCGGAGGAUUUCACUCGAUUCCCGUGUAAAGAGCCGCAAUCUUACGCGUUGUCGAGCACGCGCGUGAUUACGCGUACGCAGCGUACGGGCGUGAGAAAAGUGGAGAUUCGGCGGCGGCGUCAUCGGCAUCAGGCGGUGAUCAAAACGAGAUCCGCCGACGAGUGGCGCGUCUGUGAGCCACGGCGUUCCCCUCGGCGAAGUGCGUGACGUAAUUGUAUUGAUCGCGGAGCGGAGGAAGGGCCCCGAAAGUCGCGCAAUCGCCAUCUUGGACGAAUUGUGUGGAAAAGAAGUUUCUUGUGAUCGCCCCCCGUGUAAGGCGCGGUGCGAUAAUCCAUCGCGAUCGGGGAAGAAUCCACGGCGAUCGGCGUGCUAAUCUAGUUUCAUCGGGAAUUAACCCCAUUGUGGACUGGUUACCCAUUUGGACGGACCAAGACAAAGGGUUCGUUCUUUGGGUCUGAUUGGUACUAAAUGGUUGCGUGCAGACAGCAUGUCUACUCUGUCAGGGAUUGUGUCGAAGGGGGAGAAAGGAAAAUCCAAGUUUCAAUCACUAGAUAUCAAUAGCUUGUACCGGGUGAGUAGGGGUGAAUCUUUGGAACCGCAUCAGCAAAAAAACACAUUACCGCGCAAACAUGGAAUGCAAAGUCUUGGAAAGGUGCCUUCGGCACGGCGUCCUCCUGCUAAUCUGCCCAGUCUAAAAAGUGAAACUAGCAGCAGUGAUCCGGCUGUCAGUCUUGUGCCAAGUGGAGGAAGUGGUUGGGCUACUACUAAGGACUCGACACCGUCGACCACUACUACUACCACAGUAGCAACAUCACUCGAUAAUACUACUACUGUCUCUUCAACAGCACAAUGCGCAGCAGGGACCACUGUUUCAACAUCCCUACACUCGUUAUUACCGGGACAACAAAAUGCAUCACAACCUCCUUUUUUGGAUCAAACAAACAACAAAUCAUCAUGGAGCGCGAUUAUGAGCAGAUCAGGAGACGUGGUUGGUUACGCGGGGCUCGUGGGGGGCGCGAAAGGGGGAAGAGGUGCCCUUGGACUGAGUUUCCUCGCCCACCAGUCCCCGCAGUUCCAACACGAGUUUCCCAGUCUCAGUGGACAGCCCUCCGCCUCCGUCUCCACUCAGAGCCAGACUCAACAGUCCUCAACAACAUCCAAUGCAAUUUCAGUCGCGGUUCACCAAUCGUUGCUACAGCAACAGCCGUAUUCCCACAACCACUCAGGUGGGACGCCGGGAAGUCAACAGCAAUCAAAUCGAGAAUUAAAUGCGCAAUAUGGUCCAGGGCCGAGCCUGCGUCCACAGACGGAAGGAAGCUGGAUUCAAGGUGGGAGUCGCACUGCAAGUGGCGCAGCGCCAGCAACACCGGCUGGUCCCGGAAAUGGGAAUACUCCGGCGGGCCAGGGCCUCCCUUUAAAUAUACCUGUUUCCGGAGGACACACCCAGGAGGGACCCGGUGGAGGGCGGCAGAACUUGGGCCAAUCGCCCAACACGGGCGCGGGCCCGGGAGGCCAGCAUAACGCCGUAAAUAAUCAAGGUUCUGCGCCUGCUGCCGGUUCAAAUCAAAUUGGGCCAAAUUUGCAUCACUACCGGGGACUUAUCCCGCCGUUUAUGUAUAGAUCGAAUUUUCCGGGUGGAUUUCCUUCUCAAUUUCCACCGAAUUCCGGAUCAAAUAGCCCCCGACCUAGAUUCAAUCAUCCUUUGGAUCGAUUUCCGCCUCCUCAACGCGGCGAUCGUGUGGCUGAGGAAGAGAUUCUGACUAGACCCAUCAUCAAGGAGGAAGAUCUUACUCGUAUGGAUGAUAUUUCACGUGACGCCGGAUGGGCCGCGCACGAUGAUAUUGAUUAUAACCAAAAAUUGGCCUUUAGCGACGAUGAAGCCGAUGCAGAUCCAUCGAAAAGCGACGAGAAAAAAGAGAAGGAGAAAAAGGGCGAUGAUAAUAACAUGGAAGAGAAGGAGAAGCGAGACAACCGAGACUUGAAGGAGCUUCGGGAUCCGCCACAUCGUCCUUGGACUCAACCUGUGAAUCGCGAUUAUCGCGGAUCGAACGGUCCGAGUGGUGGCGGCUACGCCAAUCAAUCGCAAUUGCACUCUGUGCACUCUUUGAGAGGUGUCGAAGAUGAUGAGACAUGGAGCGAGAGACGUCGAAUCAAGUCUGAAGUCGCGUCCGUUGUCGAACGUGCACGACAACGCAAGGAGGAAGAGGAGAAACGUUUCCAGGAAUCGACGAAACAAGCGGCAGCUAAGAAACUACAGGAUUUGGAACAGAAACUGAAAGAGAAGCAGGCGAAGCAUAAUAAGGACGAUGAACGUGCGCAAUCCGGUGAGCCUAAAAGCUUGAUCAGCAUCCCGCCUGUGCCUCUUCCGAUACCCGAAUGGGAAAGGGAGAAGGAGAAUCGGGAGCGAGAGAGCAGAGAUCGAGAUCGCGAACGAUCCCGUACUUCGUCCGAAGGCAAAGAUGAGAAGAUCAUCGCGUCCGGACGCGAGGCUCGCGAUGGUCUUAGAGAAAGCCGCGAUCAAGGACUGGCGGAUUUCCGUCAGAGCGAUCGGCAAGGUUUCUUACGUCAGCAAGACACAGUGCGCAGCGAGCGCGAAAGAGAGCGCGAUCGUGAUCGCGAUCAAAGGGACUCGAGAGAUCGCGAGCAGCCGGCGUUCUCCCGACACUUUCAGAAUAACCUGCCGCCCAGGUUUCAAAAGCAGCAGGCGGAGCGGAGCAGUGCGAAUUUUAGCCGAAUUUCACCCAGCGCGGAAAGAUCUGCUUCUCAGUCCGUUCCGUUCUCUCAGCAAUAUGAUCCUGGUAGAUGGCUUCACAAUUACAAUUCAUUGAUAGAUAGCGGUAUGAAGCAGUCUAUGCCGCCGCAACGUCGUAACAGGAACGAUUCGGAUACGUCGGCACCGUUAGACGACGAACGACCUCCGUCUCGAGAUCAUCGCGGUGGUGCACCGUCGUCAAGGGAGGAUCGUUAUCGCCACUCUUCGCAUCGGUCUUACGACAGCCGUAAACCGGGUGGUUAUUACGACGAAUACAGCCGCAGUUUUAGAGAUUACGAAUACGACGAUAGACACCCUCGCGAUUCUUGGGAACGCGAGAGACACUUCGACGACAAGGAACGAGAUCCGAAGGAGAAUCUGGACUCGAGAGACGGUCGUGACGUCAAAGAUCCUCGUCCCACCAGCCGUGACGCUCGGGAUGUGAGAGACGUACGCGACCGCGACAAGGAAAAGAAGGAAUACGAUUACUCGAAGGACUCUUUCGACGAGCGAGAGCGCGAGCAACGGGAGCGCCCCGAGAGCUCGGAGUGGCGUGAUGAACGCAGCAUUGGACAAAUUGAAGGUCGCCGGGAUGCGCCGAAAGAAGAGCGCAGCGAACGCCCGCAGAGACCAGAUUCGCGCGACAGUCGCGCUUCUAGAGAAUCUAAAACGUCCCUGCGCGAUGACGAUCUGCAUAAAUUGAGUGAUUGGGUAAGCGAGGUCUCGGAUUACGAGGAGAAGAAACGAGACUACCACGAGGAAACCAGAGAAAGAGAGCGAGACAGAGAUAGAAGGCAACCACCCGGUCCAGUAACGAAGGAGAAGAUCGAAGCGGACGAACUGAAGAACGAGAAGCGCAGCCUGACUCAACUGAAGCGAGGUUCCGAUCUUCAAGAGAAGAAGGAUCAGCCGAAGGAAAGCUCCGUCGAGGUGAAGAAAGACGCGGAUGCUUGGAACAGAAAGACUCCAGAGAGCAGGCAGAUCGAGAGAUGCGACAAUUCGCCAAAGGCGUGGGCCGACGCGAUAUCGCCGACCUUUGAGAAGGAAGAGGAGAAAUUGGCGGAAGCUGCUAAAGACGGCAAGGAAGGCGACGAGAUCAAGCAGAGUUCUUUGGAUAAGCCAGCUUUGGACAAGCGGGAGGAGGCCGUCACCGAGGAUGCCAAGGAGCAGCAGCUCAAGGAUGAGAAGCGCGAGAAGAAUAUGCGUAACAGAACGAGUAGCGGCUCCAGCUCCAGAGUCCGCGAAUCCCGAGGCGGACGUCAAUGGGGAGGAACUUUCAGUGUUUACACACGCGGCUGGCGCGGUCCAGAGUCCAGAGGACGAAGGGGCGGUCCGCGACCUGCUGGCAAAUCCGGAUUAUCGGCCAAGAGCGGUUCCUACGGACAUACCGAUUCCGAGAACAGCGCCGACGAGGUGUCCGGCUCUACCGAGUCCGGCAAGGAGGAUAAACGCUCGGCUCGCUCGCCAAAACCGUCACAGAAGAUUGAGAAGGACGAGCGAAAUCGCGAGGUGUCGAGACGCGACGACAAGCGUAGCGCCGACUAUCCUCAGGCGCGCAGUGAGAAGAGAGCGUACGACGGGAAGCCCAGCCACGAGGCUUUCGCGCCGUCCGGCGAGCCGUCCCGCCGCGGCAGAGGCGGUUUUCGCAUACGAAACACAGCGACGGGCAGUCGCAUGGAAGGCUACGGACCGCCGUCUAGCAAGAGCCCGUUCUCGUCGGAACGUAAUGCGGACGAGAAGCAUCAGCAGCAGAACGUUGGACGACAAAAUCCACCGACACCGACUUCGGAGAAAGAGACGAGUCUCCUGCAAUCCGCGCCAGUCGAGUCUCUUGACGACAAAAUAAUUGCGAAGCAACAGGCGCUCACGGCGGGUAUCACAGGCAGACGUAACAAAUCUCCGAGUCAGCAAACUCAACAGUCUGGUAAACAGGAAGCGAGUCAAGUUGCCGUCCCGUCCCAGAAAGCGCAAAUCCGAAAGGAUGACUCGCGUUCUAAGAGAACUCGCAGUGGAAGCAGAAGAGGGAGAGAUAGUCGUGAAGCUCGUUCGCGUGGCAGCAGUAGCAACGUAUCAAAGCAGCCUCAGUCGGACGUAGGCAACGAAGAUUGGGAAACCACGUCGGAAAAUAGCGAAGAGCACAUAGAUGAUCACAAGGAAUCCCGAAACAGUCGCAACAAACAUUUCGGUGGACGAGCUAUCCAAGCCACGAAUCAAAAUGCGAUCGGCACAAAUGUGCAUUCCCGUAGAAGCGAGCAGUCGGCGAACGCUCGAGAGCAGCGCGAGAAAAAUCCCAAGUCUUCCAAUCCGGCGUCGCGAGCCCCGGGCGCGGAGAAGCGAAAUCUGCAAAACGCCGGGUUCAGCGCUCAGAAGAAUCACGCCGACAGCAUACCGCCCUUGAUGCAAAACGCGCAGAUACAGAACGGCGGAAGGUCCAGGAGUCAGAGUUCGACCAACAGCGGUGCAGUCACGAAUAAAUCGAGCAACAAGGAUAGUAUGGUGAAUCGCAUCGAUGAGAUCAAACUUGCCGACCCGAACCUAGUGAAUCAGGCGCUGAACGAGCUCAACAAAAAGUCGCAGACGAAAGACAAGAAGCUAAUGGACUCGGAAAUCGAGACGAGUAGUUGCACGGAGGAUGCCGGGAAUGUCGCGGCGGAGGACAAGGUGGACGCCGACGGUUUCCAGGAAGUGCGCUCGAAGAAGAACGUAAAGGAGUCCAGGCACAGUCAGAAAGAGGAGGCGAAGCCCGUGAAGAGGGAUAAGGAAAAGGAACGCGAACGCGAUCGUUCGAAAACAAAGUCCAAUGGAUCGCAGCAGGUCUUGCAACAGGUGCAGAAUAUCCCGCCCCUGCUCGGCCAGAAUAUACCGCAGCCGGCGAACAUACCGCAAAAGCAGUACGACAAUAGGAAUUCGAGAAAUCCAAGACUCGCACCGCGGUUCCAGCGUCUCGUGAAGCAGCAGCAGCAGCAAAUGUGCGUGACCGACGCGGGUGACAUGAGUAAGCUGAACAGCGCCGGCAACACUUACGCGAAGGACUCGUCCAACAGCCCGGCGCCGCCACCGGCGGUCAACGCUUGGGACAAGCCGUUCACCAGCCAGUUGCGCUCGAACUCGCCGUCCGCGGUGCCCGCGGACAUUCAAUUGAUGUCCGCUUUGACGACGCAGAACGAUCACAGCCACGAGGGCAACGAGGCGAACUCCGGACACAGCAGCCAGCGGAACUCACCGAGCGGCGAGAAGACCGGGAAGAAUCUGAAGGAGGCUCUAGCGGAGAAGAACGUGUCGGACGUGUCGUCGCCACCUGUACAAACUCUCAUCUUCGAGAACACGAAUUACUCGAAAACCACGAAAACCACCGGACCGACGGAUCUUGCGGUGAAAUCAAAGUUCUCGAAUCACAUCAAGACGCAACAGCGAGCCGAGAAGCGUGCGGAUAUCGAGGAGGACGGCAGCGGCCAGGUGCAACAUCAGCAACAAGCGCUCUCCGUCGCGUUCUCCAACAAACCGAACGACUUGAUCAAGGACAAGAAUCAAGAGCCCAUCCAGAUGCCGUUGUCGUUCAAUAAGAACGAGGACAGCGCCGACAUGAAACUGGACUUCACAUUCGAUUCUGAUCUCUCGCAGCUGACGGACGACAAGAGCAAGAGCCUGGGCAUGACGCGCUCCAUGCACAUAGCCGGUGGCCAGAGCACGAUAUCGCCGUCGACCGCGGAACUAAACCUGAAGAUCGCGUCCGUGAAGAAGGUCUGGGAGAACGCGCCGCCGAUGCCCACCGUCGUCGAGCACGAGGACGGCGGCGGCGUCGUCAGCAGUGCGACCAGUUUCCCGCAGGCGUUUGAGAGCGGCGACGUCGACGACAGUUACAGCCCGCACCAGCAGUACAGUCAGAACAAUAUGAAAAGUGAAAUCACGACAUCCACGAACGUGUGCAAGCUGGUUCCCCCGCAGGUGAAGCCGCAGCAACAGUCUUCGGGGAGCAGUGGCACGCAACCGGGAUCUACCGUGCCCGGGCCAAGUCCCAUCGGAGCCGGUCAAAGUCCCAUCGGCCAUCCUCCCGUUAGCCUCCAAGGUCCUCUAAGCCCACCUCCGUUCAACUCUACAGGCCAGCCUUCGCACAUCAAUUAUCAGGAGUUCCCGCAAUAUCCCGGUUCACAAGCUGCGCAAUACGGCGGCAUGUCGGCCAUACCGUCGCCACCGGCGGUGCUGUUCAACACAGGCUCGGGACAACUGCCAGCUCAAGCCGGCGGUUUGUACGGAGCGUUCCAAUUAGAUCAAAGCCGAUCACCGUUCACGCAGUACACGCCGUACGCUCCGUCCCUCCAGAGCUCGUUCAGUCAACAGAACGUGUACUUGCAACAACCGCCGCCACCGCCGCCCCACGCGCCGAACGCUCCCACACCGGAGAUGUAUCAGAGCAAUUUGUCUCAAUACCGCAUUACUGCGGCAGCCGCUCCUCCAUUCGGACAGAACCAACAGCUCAGUAACAACCCUAACACGGUACUUAUCAGUUCGUCGUCAAAUUCUUUAAUGUCGGCAAGUGUGAAACCGUCGUCGCAACCAAUUGGAGCUAUUGGAACUAAAGCUCCGCACUUUCAGACACCGUCUGCUCCUCAACCUAAUCAAUUGACUUACAUACCGUACGAUCCAAAUCAAGUGCUCAGCGUAAGCGGCAGUUACAUGGGCAAUUCGCAAUUAGUGCAGAGACCUGGUCCAAAUGUCCAAGCGUCUGCCAAUAGUUACUACAGCGCUACGUCUGCCGACGUGUUUCCUGGAUCGCAAACGGGCUUCUAUCAGUCCGGCGGUGCCACUCAACAAACUGGAACUCAUUACGGUCUGCAAGGAUUUGGGCAGCACAGUCAAAGCCUGGCAACGGGCAGUGCAACCCCGGUCGGUCUACAAAACUACGGUCCUGGUUUCUUGUCUAGUUCAGGAUUGCAAAUAGCCGCGGCGGCUCAGCAAUUUCGCAAUCCUACUGGCGGUUUACCGGGACCAGGAAAUGCGGGACCCACGUUUCUCAGCAAGCACCAACCGCAGGAGCAGCCCAGACAGUUGAAGAGUCCGUCGGGAAAUCAACAAGACGUGCUCGCGUCAGUUUUUAGCUCGACUCCUCAAAUACCGUCGCCUAAAUCGAGAAAUUGCAAACAACAAUCUUCGUCACAACAACCACAACCGAGUCCCACGCAACAUCACAAAUAUCAGCAAUAUCAGGGCGUUAGUCAGUCUGCUCUGGUUUUACAACAGAAUGUACGUGGAAUGGGUAUGCCGCCGCGUGCUGGCAUCCAACCUUCACAGCAGCGAUACCCACCUCCCAUACAACGACCCGUAGUACCAUUCGCUCCGGGUCCAAAUAAUCCCUCGCAGCAGCAGCCUGCUUGUAUGCCAACGCAACAGCAGCAACAAGCUCAAAUUAACCGUCAUAGACCGAAUUUACACCAGCAACAACAGCAGCAGCAGCAACGUAAUAUGAAGAUGCAGCAGCAAUAUUACUCAUCUCAAGGAAACGUUAAAAUGGAUUCAACUGACAAAUCUGAUAAUCAUAAUGACAAGAUGAAUGAUGGUCCUUCUGGAACGCAAUCCGGGGGCAACAAGUCCAAUGUGAACCAGCAAGAUAGUGAUAACAAUAAGGAGGAAGUGAAUCAGCAAAACGAGUGAACGUGAAUUAUACGUGAAGGUGAAACACUUGCUCUUCCAUUUGUGGGG